AUAUUAUCAAACAACCGUAAGCACAAAGGUUGCGGCCAGGAAUCAUUGACUAAGAAGCUUUCACAGUUGCCUUCAUUUAAUAGCAAGUCAGGUUCAUUUUUCCCAUUGCUACAGGCCUAGGGUCUGAGGCUUUUCCCUUCAAACAACACUUUGAUCUGUCUGUAGAUUCUUUGGGGAAUUUAAACAAUGUGGUUUUGCCUUUUUUGUGAGUUGUGCAAUGUAUUCAAAUGCAUUGCUAAUGGAGUUGGCCAUUUUUUUCUAACUGGUAUUUUGACCCGUUCCUCUACUACAGCUAGCAUGAAUGUAUGCCUUCUAUAUAUGUUGCAAUGAAAAGCUGCUGCUGCUGCAUGAUAGGAUCCAAAGUGUCAUCCUUCAAGAGGUCCUUUAACUUGCAAGGUACUUAAUUGGACUUUAAUUUUCUUCAUUGCAAGAGGUCCUUUAAUUCUUUCAAACCCCUAUAUUUAGGAGUAAAGAUGGAAACAUGUAACUACAUCCAUUCUAAUAAAUAUCUUUCAUCAAUAAAUCCUCAAUUAUUCUUUAUUUAUUUAUUUUGUCUGUUAAAUCUUUGCUGGCUAAUUGGUUUAUGAAAACCCCACUAAAUUCUUCUAAAAAAUUGUGCUGCAUAUAUUAUCAGUUAGUUACAACAUUAUCUCAUGUUUGAUUUUUGUUCUUCUCAGUCUUGCUUUGUGAUACUAGAGCAGCAGUACUUUAGGGAUAGAAAUUUUGCUUAAAUUCUAUGUAAACCCAGGCAAACUGAAAGAGUUUCAUUUCUUAAAUAAUGUCGUAACUAAUUUAAAAUAUUCUUUUUGUUUUUGCAAUAGUUCAGGUUCAAACAAUUCACAUGCUCAAACAUGAGGCACGAGGAACAGUUGCCACAAGUCUGGUUGAGCAAGGAAUCAUAGAAGUUGGUGAUGAUGUUGACAUUUUGAGUCUAAUGCAGUGGCGUGGCAAGGCUAUAAUCCCUAUCCACUUCUCAGCUAUUAUCUUCAAUAAAACUGAUCUUCAGACUCUGAAAAUAUCAAGUAAAUUUACAAGGAGAUAUGGAGGUGGUUUGUCGAAUCCAUUGUUUUUGAAGCCUCCAGAUGGCACCAAAUGGGAAGUGAAUUGGACUAGAAAAAAUGAUGAUGAGGUUUGGUUCCAAAAGGGUUGGAACAAAUUCACUGAAAACUACUCCUUAGAUCAUGGCCACUUGAUUCUUUUCACCUAUCAUGGAAAUUCACAACUUGAUGUUCACAUCUUUGACAAAUCUGCCUCUGAAAUACUCUAUCCGGGGUUAAAGUUAAACACUACUCCUACUACUACUGCUUGUGAUGAUGAAAAGAACAUCAAACUUGAUCUCAUGCACAAUGAUGAUGAUGAUGAUGACUCCAUUGAGAUUUUGAAGCCUUGUAAACACAAACGCAGCAUGCUAGUGUUGGUUCCUCAACCUUGUAAUAAAAGAAUGAAAGAUGAGAAGAAGAAGGUUGCUGAAAGAAGAUCAAGUUGUUCAUCAUUGAAUUGGCCAAAGCAAGAAAGAGCACAGGAAGUAGCUAUGAACUUCGUGUCUGAUAAUCCUUUCUUCACAAUGUUCAUAACCCAUGUCCAUCUAGCACACUACAAAGCGGGUGUGCCAAACAUGAAAGAGUAUACUGAUGAGGAUGAGAAGGAUGUGGAGCUGAAAAUUGGGGAGAAAUCGUGGAAAGUCAAACUGAGGCGUGGUAGCAACUCUUCAAAUUGUCGGUACUUGGGUGGUGGAUGGUCCUUGUUUGCAGAUGAGAGUGAAUUGCUUCCUGGAGAUGUUUGUGUCUUUGAGCUCAUCAACAUUCAUCCUUUGCAGUUUAGGGUUCAUAUUUUCAAAAAGCAGCAGAGCUGCAAGCAUUCGCCUAAUCAAAUCAAAUCAAAUAAUGAUGACACUCGAUUUUGGAGUAGAAAACAGAAAAUACCCGACAAAUUUGCACUGAAAUAUGGAAGUGGUUUGUCCAAUCCAGUGUCCUUAAAGCCUCCAGAUGGAACAAGGUGGAAUGUGUGUUUGAGAAAAAAGAAUGAUCAAGUUUGGUUUGAAAAAGGUUGGAAAGAAUUCACUCAAAAGUACUCUCUGAAUCAUGGAUGCUUGGUUCUGUUUAAAUACGAAGGAACUACUUCCCAAUUUGAUGUCAUUAUCAUUGAUGACGGUGCUUUAGAAAUGGACUAUUCUUCCUACAAUGGAAAUGAUAACGAUGAUGUUUCAGUUCAGAUUGUAAAGGAAAUCCAUCCAUGCAAGAAGAACAAAAAAACCAUGAGAGAUGAGAAGGAUGUGACUACUUCUUUGUCAUUGAAUUGGCCAAGGGAACCAAGAGCACGACAAGAAGCUAACAAAUUCGUAUCUAACAACCCUUUUUUUACUGUGCUCAUAAAGCCUCCUCAUAUCACAGAAUACCGACUGUGCAUACCAGGUUUGGAAGGUUAUGUGGAUAAUGGAGUGAAGAAUGUGAAGCUUGAGUAUGGGGAUAGAUCGUGGCCUGUGAAGAUGCUUAAUUGUAACAAAACCUAUUCAAAUCGCUUCCUUUCUGCUGGGUGGAACUUGUUUGCACAAGAGAAUGAGUUGAAGCCUGGAGAUGUUUGUGUCUUUGAACUUGUUAAUAUGCAAGAUUUGGUCUUUAAGGUUCAUGUUUUUGCUGCCCAUCAUGUUUAAUUAGUAGAACUUUC